AUGGGGAACCUUUAUCAGUGUUUCCUGGUUCAGAUUGCCAAGCUGAGGCAGCAGCUCCAGCGGAGUAAGCACAGCAGCCGUCACCACAGAGACAAGGAACGCAAAUCACCAUUCAAUGGGAACCAUGCUGCUCUCCACCAGGCCCCAAUCCCAAAGACUGUCCUGAUUCCCAUCAAGUCCUCUGUGUCUCGGUUCCGGAACAGUGUGGAAGGGCUGAACCAAGAAAUAGAGAGGAUCAUCAUCUGUGACGCAGGAGACGAGCUACACCCCCACCGUGUCCCCGCGGACGCCGCGCGCCCCCACCGCUGUCCCAACGCCCCUCCUCCCCUUCAAUCAUAUCCCAGUGCUACAGUAGCUCCGCUUUCCGCAGCAUCAACACCCAGACACCCCAGGGUGGGAGAGGGGCCAGUGGAGGUGCGUGUCAGUAGCCACAGUAACCGCUCCGAGUCCGUCUCCCCCUCCUUCCUGACCGUUCCCACUGACACGGAGACGACGGGGGAGAGAGGGGAGACGGAGUGGGAGAGAAGCCCCUUGCCAAUGAUGAUGAACCUCGGGCCCAGCUCUCCGCUCCCUAAAUACGCCUCCUCUCCUAAACCCAACAACAGCUACAUGUUCAAACGAGAGCCUCCUGAGGGCUGCGAGAGAGUCAAGGUCUUCACCGAGGAAACACAGUCAGUCCUCAACCUCCCAGCAGGGUCCCCUCAGUUCACUCACGGUCCAGACAGGAACAAGGUCAACUUCAUCCCCAACAGUGGCUCGGCCUUCUGCCUCGUCAGCAUCUCAAGCCCUCCUCCCACGACCACGCAGGAACUAAACCUCAAGCCCCUCCUCCCCACGACCACGCAGGAACUAAACCUCAAGCCCCUCCUCCCCCACGACCACGCAGGAACUAAACCUCAAGCCCUCCUCCCCACGACCACGCAGGAACUAAACCUCAAGCCCCUCCUCCCCACCGACCAACGCAGGAACUAA